AUGCUUUCCACAGCAAGGAGCAAAGGCCUUGAGAGGGCAAUUGCCUCCGCACCAUCGGCCUCAAUACCCUCAUUCCUUUUGCCAGCCUUCCCGCUCGUUCCCGCCCGCUCGUUCUCUUCCUCGUCUCCUCGCGCGUCGCAAAUAGGAAGAGCACCUAUAUCUAUACCUCCUGAAGUGAGCCUUACUGUCCUGCCACCGCGUAUUCGCAAAAAUGGAUGGGCACCGCUGGGAAAUAGGCCAACUAUCAAGAUUGAGGGUCCCUUAGGCCAGAUGUCGAUGACCAUUCCUCCGUUUGUGCUAUUGGAGCAUGAUAUAGCUGCUCGGAAAGCAUACGUAACCGUGGAAGACAAGGAGGUCAAGAAGCAGAGGGAGAUGUGGGGGACAACACGCGCAUAUUUACAAAACCACAUUCUGGGCGUAUCGGAAGGGCACACGGCGAUUCUGAGGCUAGUAGGCGUCGGGUACAGAGCUACGGUUGAAGAUUCGGCUACGACGGUCACACCAGAAUUCGAGGGCCAGAAAUUCGUCGUACUAAAGGUUGGAUAUUCGCAUCCAAUUGAGUUGCCUGUGCCGAAGGGCAUGAAAGCGUCGGUGCCGCAGCCUACCAGAAUAUUGUUGGAAGGGCCGGAGAAGGAGGUUAUUUUGCAGUUUGCUGCGAAUAUUAGGAAGUGGAGGGUACCGGAACCUUACAAAGGAAAGGGGAUCUUUGUGAACGGGGAGACUAUUAAGUUGAAGGCGAAGAAGAUCAAAUAG